ACAGCGGGAACCUUGCAAAUCAGCUGACAACUCGGAUCAAUCGGCUUGUGGUUUUGGUAAAAAUUACGUAAAAUAAAAACACACAAAUCCUGUCUGAUCUUUCCUUCGAGUGUUUUUGGGGGAGUAAGUAAGCUAACCCACUGUUGUUGGGGCGUUCGGCUGCUCGAAGCGUAAUCGAAUAUGUUCAGGUUUGCGAUAAAAGUUGGCCUCGCUGGGGGUGCUGUGUACUACAGCAAGCAGGAAGGCAUAUGGGAGGAAGACACCGAAAAGGUGUACGAGCGGUAUGCUACUGCAAUGAAGCCACACAUCGAGAGCGUAAAGCAACAAAUUCCAUUGGAUAUACCGGCCCUCCCUUCGAGCGGAGAGUUAUGCUUUGUGACGAAACAUUAUUACAAUGAGGGCGUGAAAAAUACGAUUCAUUUCAUCCAUCGGCUUCCUUGCUAUGCUGGCCAGUGGGCAAAGAAAGGUUCGGAUGCAAUUAAACAAGCCCUGGACGCUCAACCAGCCCCCCCAAAAGCCGAACCUGCAGCAGCAGUGACAAAGAAGUAGGGCGCCUAGGACACGAAUGGUUUAAACGCUAACUGUUGGUAACAUGAAAUAAAACGCGGGUCUGUGAAAAAGGAA